AUGCUCAAGCGCUACGUCGCCAUCCGCACGUAUAUCAGGCUCCUGGGCGAUCGCAAUAUUUUGAACCUCACCCCGACCGACGACCAAGACGACGAAAUCGACGCUUUGUUGAUCGUGCUUGACGAAUGCUCCAUGCUCAAGCGCUACGUCGCCAUCCGCACGUAUAUCAGGCUCCUGGGCGAUCGCAAUAUUUUGAACCUCACCCCGACCGACGACCAAGACGACGAAAUCGACGCUUUGUUGAUCGUGCUUGACGAGUAUGAAUCGGUGACGUUGGCGCUCCAAGAAGAUGCUACCUCCAUGCUGGAUGUCCGAAACCUCUUUGAUGAGUGUAUGCUGCUUCAUCCGUCGGCUUCCAAGCGCUUGACGUCUAAUUCAGGCAUCCGGACACGCGGAUUUUGA